AUGGAGCUGGAGCAAUUGGGGACUUGGUGCUGUCAUGCAUGUGGAGCGCACAACCCUGGGGCAGGGGUGCUUCCCUCUUUACAUGGGCCUCCUUCGCACACAGGCGGGGACUGUGCCACCCUGCUGAAGAACAUCGGGGCGCUGCCCGUGGAGAUGGCCCGCAUGUACUUUGCCGAGACGGUGCUGGCACUUGAGUAUUUACACAACUACGGCAUUGUGCACCGAGACCUCAAGCCUGACAACCUCCUCAUCACCUCCAUGGGCCACAUCAAACUCACGGAUUUUGGCCUCUCCAAAAUGGGGCUCAUGAGCCUCACCACCAACCUGUAUGAAGGCCACAUCGAGAAGGAUGCCCGGGAGUUCCUGGACAAACAGGUGUGCGGAACCCCAGAGUACAUCGCGCCCGAGGUCAUCCUGCGCCAGGGCUAUGGCAAACCGGUGGACUGGUGGGCCAUGGGCAUCAUCCUCUACGAGUUCCUGGUGGGCUGUGUGCCCUUCUUCGGAGACACGCCCGAAGAGCUGUUUGGACAGGUCAUCAGCGAUGACAUCCUGUGGCCCGAGGGAGAUGAAGCCCUGCCCACCGACGCCCAGCUCCUGAUAUCCAGCCUCCUGCAGACCAACCCCCUGGUCCGGCUUGGGGCAGGGGGUGCCUUUGAGGUGAAGCAGCACAGUUUCUUUCGAGACCUGGACUGGACAGGACUGCUGAGGCAGAAGGCAGAGUUCAUCCCCCACCUGGAGUCCGAGGAUGACACCAGCUACUUCGACACCCGCUCAGAUAGGUAUCACCACGUGAACUCCUACGAUGAGGAUGACACGACGGAGGAGGAGCCUGUGGAAAUCCGCCAGUUUUCCUCCUGCUCCCCGCGCUUCAGCAAGGUGUAUAGCAGUAUGGAGCAGCUGUCGCAGCAUGAGCCCAAGACCCCGGUGGCGGCAGCGGGGGCCAGCAAGCGGGAGCCGAGUGCCAAGGGUCUAGAGGAGAAGGUGGCCGGCAAGCGGGAGGGCCUGGGUAGCCUGACCCUGCGCGAGAAGACCUGGAGAGGGGGCUCCCCAGAGAUCAGCAAACGCUUCUCGGCAUCCGAGGCCAGCUUCCUGGAGGGGGAGGCCAGUCCGCCCUUGGGUGCGCGCCGCCGGUUCUCGGCGCUGCUGGAGCCCAGCCGCUUCAGCGCCCCCCAAGAGGAUGAGGAUGAGACCCAGCUGCGCAGGUCUGCCAGGCCCACCUCUGACCCCCCAGGCUCGCUGGACGCACGGGUCCCCAAGGAGGCAGCUCAAGGGGAUGGCCCUGCCAGUGGCGGGGACUCCGAAGCCACGGACCAACCACGCCCAGGUGACCUCUGCCCACCUUCCAAGGAUGGGGACCCAUCAGGCCCGAGGGCCACCAAUGACCUGGUUCUGCGCCGGGCUCGGCAUCAGCAGCUGUCAGGGGACCCAGCAGUAGAGAAGCGGCCUUCUCGAACCGGGGGCAAAGUCAUCAAGUCAGCCUCUGCCACGGCCUUGUCUGUCAUGAUUCCUGCAGUGGACCCUCAUGGAAGCUCACCCCUGGCCAGCCCCAUGUCUCCACGAUCUCUCUCCUCCAACCCGUCCUCGAGGGACUCCUCACCCAGCCGGGACUACUCACCGGCUGUCAGUGGGCUCCGCUCCCCUAUCACCAUCCAACGCUCUGGCAAGAAGUACGGCUUCACACUGCGAGCCAUCCGCGUCUACAUGGGUGACUCAGACGUCUACAGUGUCCAUCACAUUGUCUGGCACGUGGAAGAGGGGGGCCCGGCCCAGGAGGCAGGGCUCUGUGCGGGGGACCUCAUCACCCACGUGAACGGGGAGCCUGUGCAUGGCAUGGUGCAUCCUGAGGUCGUGGAGCUGAUCCUUAAGAGUGGCAACAAGGUGGCAGUGACCACAACACCCUUCGAAAAUACCUCCAUUCGCAUCGGCCCUGCCAGGCGCAGCAGCUACAAGGCCAAAAUGGCUCGGAGGAACCGGAGACCCUCGGCUAAGGAGGGCCAGGAGAGCAAGAAGCGCAGCUCCCUCUUCCGCAAGAUCACGAAGCAGUCGAACUUGCUUCACACUAGCCGCUCGCUGUCGUCGCUAAACCGCUCGCUGUCGUCCAGCGACAGCCUCCCGGGCUCGCCCACCCACGGGCUCCCAAGCGCGGAGCCCCCGCGCUCCCCGCUCCUCAAACGCGUGCAGUCGGCGGAGAAGCUGGGCGCCUCGCUGGGCGCGGACAAGAAGGGAGCGCUGCGCAAGCACAGCCUCGAGGUGGGCCACCCGGAUUUCCGCAAGGACUUCCACGGGGAGCUGGCGCUGCACAGCCUGGCCGAGUCUGAUGGGGAGACGCCCCCUGUUGAGGGGCCUGGUGUGCCCCUGCAGACCGUGCAGACCGAGGAUGGCUUGGGUGGGGCGGCUAGGGCGAUCGCCAAGGCCGCACUGAGCCCGGUACAAGAACAUGAGACAGGCCGGCGCAGCAGCUCUGGUGAGGUGGGCACGACCCUAGUGCCCAUUGUGGUAGAGCCCGAGCGGCCUGGGGCCAAGGUCGAGGUGCCCCGGUCUCUGGGCUCGGACUCUAAGAGGUUGCCGGGAUCCGUACCCCUGGUGCCUCCCGCACCAGAGGUCCUCCGAGGCCCCGAACGCUGGGGGCUGGAGAUGGUGGAGGAGCGGACCACGCAGAGCGGGCCUCGCUCCAAGCCCACCUCCCCCAAGCUCUCCCCAGAGGCCCAGACCCCUUCUGUAGCCCCUACAAAAAAUGCAACAAGUAGCACAGGGCCCCCAGCCCCACCCACUCCCCUGCUCCAGGCCACCAAGCCUGAGGUGGGGCUGACUUCCAGGUGCCCCGCUGAAGCCGUGCCUCCGUCAGGCCUGACCAAAAGGGCCCCCUGCCCCAUGCCCCCUGGCCCAUAG